AUGUCCCCUUCAAAUUUGAAUUCAUCAACUGUUCAACAGACAACGGAGGGAUCUGCUUCUCCGGUAGGUUGCAAUGCUACGAGUAGCACGGCCGCCACACCGGCUACAACUUCAAAUUCUAUGACGAACGGAAUUUCGGCAGCUACAAGUCCU